CUUGGAAAAUGGAAUCAUCUUCGCGCAUAAGCUUGAUUGAUUUGCUUAAGUCACUUGAUGAAUUAGUAUCAACUUAUCCUUCUUAUUCGCAACCAUUAAAAAUGAAAGAUCCUUCAGAACUUUCUAAUAAAGAUUCAACCAUCUCUUCUUUUGAAACCGUUGAAAAAGGG